AUGAAGAACUUCUUGUCUCUCACGAUGCUCGCAGCAGCGAGCACGGCGUCGCCUGUCCUGCUUCCUCGUGCCGAGGGAUUAGUAUAUAACUAUACCAACUCGUUUGGACUUGCCUUCUCGCAGAUGAACGCCAGCCUACCCAACAUUACCGUCUUUGCCACAGGCGGUACAAUUGCUGGGUCGGGAAGUUCUUCUUCCAGCACCACCGGGUAUUCAAUCGGCUCGGUGACGGUGUCGGCGCUUAUCGACGCUGUCCCCGAGGUUCUCAACAUCUCCAAUAUCGCCGGAGUACAGAUCUCCAAUGUUGGGAGCGAGGAUAUCACGUCGGACAUCCUGCUCAAGCUGGCCAAGCAGAUCAACGAAGUCAUCUGCGGGGAUCCCACCAUGUCCGGCGCCGUCGUCACUCACGGCACCGACACAAUGGAGGAAAGCGCUUUCUUCCUGGAUUCGACCGUGACAUGUGGCAAGCCUGUGGUCAUAGUUGGCGCCAUGCGGCCUUCGACCGCCAUCUCCGCUGAUGGACCGUCAAACUUGUUGCAGGCCGUCACCGUCGCCGUCGACCCAAAGUCCAAAGAUCGAGGGGCCCUGGUUGUGCUGAACGACCGCAUUGCAUCGGCCUUCUACAUCACCAAGAACAACGCAAAUACCCUAGAAACGUUCAAGCCUGUCGAGCAAGGCUUCUUGGGUGUCCUAACCUCGGACGAACCGUUCUACUACUAUCCGGCCGUGACACCAACGGGGAAGAUCUCUUUCGACAUUUCCAGCGUCACGUCGAUUCCCCGUGUUGAUAUCCUCUAUUCAUACCAAAACAUGCAGAAUGAUACGCUCUACAACGCUGUCAGCUCUGGAGCAAAAGGCAUCGUGAUCGCGGGAGCUGGCGCUGGCGGAGUGUCGACGUCGUUCAAUUACGCACUAGAGGAUGUUAUCAAUCGCUUCAGUAUUCCAAUUGUGCAGAGCUACCGAACCAAUGCCGGCGAGGUGCCUCAGAGUGACGUGUCGUCCACCACAGCGACACAUAUUGGAAGUGGCUUCUACACGCCCCAGAAAUCCCGCAUUCUUCUGGGUCUCCUACUUGCGACCGGUAAUAGCUUUGACGAUAUCAGUUCGGCAUUUGCGAAAUCGAGAGCUGCUUAG